CCUCUACUACUCCCGAUUGCCCCAGAAUUCCAGUCGAAUCCCCUCCUCUUCCACGAAAACCCUAAUCUCGCCAGCCCCCUCCUCUCUCCGGCGGUCGCGGACUAGAUGGCGGCUAUGGGCGACAGCGUCCUCUCGGUCUCGGCCGCCAUCCACCCGAACGUGCACUCCCCGGAGGACGUCUUCCGCCUGUACCGCGGCCGCCGCGCCGGCAUCGUGCAGGCCCUCACCGAAGACGUGGAGGAGUUCUACGAGCAGUGCGACCCUGACGAGAAUGCCUUGUGCCUCUUUGGACAGCCUAAUGGAACCUGGGAAGUGAAACUGCCAAUCGAGGAUGUUCCUGUUGAACUUCCUGAGCCAGUAUGUGGGAUAAACUUUGCUCGCGAUGGAACACCCAAGAAAGUUUGGCUAUCUAUGAUAGCUAUCCAUAGUGAUGCAUGGUUGAUGUCCAUGGCAUUUUACCAUGCGGGUCGUGUUGCAUUUGACAGAGACGACAGGGAACUGCUCUUCAGGAUGAUCAAUACCCUUCCCACUGUCUAUGAAGCUGUGAAAGAAAGCUAUGAGAAGCAAACGCAGACCCUGAAAGCCAGCAGCAAAAAAAAGUCUAGCUCCCAGACGCUGGAGGAAGAGGAGGGCGCCAAUGCUAGUGGAGGCAGUGAGGAUCAAGCUAUGACGGAGUGCGCCGCUUGUCAAGAGACCUACAGCGCUGACGACGGGCACUUCUGGAUUGGUUGCGACCAUUGUGAGAGGUGGUUCCAUGGCAGGUGUGUGGGGAUGACUCCUGAGAAGGCAGAUGAAAUCGAGCGCUACAUGUGCCCUGGUUGCAGCUACAAGAGUAAACAAAACAAGAUGAAAGCUCCACGGCAAGUGUGUGGGGAUGACUCCUGAGAAGGCAGAGGAAACCAACCGCUACAUGCGCCCUGGUUGCAUCCAGAAGAGUAAACAAAACAAGAUGAAAACUUCUUGCUGAUGUGAUUAGGAAGUUGUGAUAGUGGUGACUGGUGAUGCUUGAACCGGGGGGAUCUCUCGUUUUCGCACCUCUGCUGUUUGCUCCGCUGUUGCAUUUAGCUUCGUGACAUCUUAGGAUGUUGGCUGGCGAUGGGAACAUGAGGUGGAUUCGUGGAAUGCUCAGGCCGUCAGCUUGGGUUUAAACCCCAGCAGGCAUCCGGAUCCCGUACUCCUGUUUGACACCGUUUCGAAACAAAAUCAUGUCACAUUGCCUGAGUGGACAUAGUAUACAUUGGUACUAUGAGUAGGCCAUAUGCUAUCUUAAUUAGUGUUGAUGGAUGUUGAACGUGGAAAGACUCUGGAGUAAUGAAAUGAUUGGUUAGUGAGCUGGAA